CCCCGCCUAGGCAGCAGCACCAGUAGCCCCAAUCUGCUGAGUUCGCUGAAGCCAUGCCCGCUCCCAGAGGACAUGCCGCUGCCCGUGAGCAACAGGCGAGCAGGAGCAGCAGGUGCGGCAGCGGCUGAAGAAGACGAUGAUUCAGCGGGAUUUGAUUGGAAGGGCCUUGCGCGACCCUCACCUACUACGAAGCAACGACAGCAGGCGCAGCAUCAGGGAGAAGCAGACGCCGUUGCUGUGGCAUCAAAGCGGAUAGCCGUUAUAACAGGGGCCGCUUCACCUCAUGCCGCCGCAUCGGGGGGCCAGUCGAGGCGAUCUCAGAUGGGUGCAGCCGCACCAGCAGCAGUACCUGAGGGUCCCAUAGAUGGGACAGACGCACUGGGACGUCGGGUGUGGGACAAGGAGUACUACGAGGUAAAAGCUAAAGAAAAGGCGUUGAGUGGUGCCGAAUCUUUCCUGGAUUUGCUGCCAAAGCCUCGCGAGAAACCAAAGCCACCGCCGCUGCCACCGUGUGGCUAUCGGCAACAGUUGCAGCAAAGGACCUUCAAGCUAGACUUCGAGAGGGAAGUGGGACGGACUAAGAUGGUGACCCUCCAAACACCGAGGAUGCAACAGGGAGGAUUCUGGUGUGACAUUUGCGAGUGUCUUUGUAAAGACUCUCAGGCGUAUUUGGAUCAUAUCAACGGCCGAAACCACAACAGAAUUUUAGGCAUGAGCAUGCGUGUGGAGCGGGUGCCGCUUGCCCGUGUUAAGGCGAAGCUCCAAGCAGCGCGACGCGGACUUACGGCGGAGGCCGAGGCAGCAGAUACAGUGAAAUCAGAGACGUCUGUAAAGCUGCGUGGGACGUCUGACAAGAACAAAACGGUACCUUCAGGGGCCCCAGAAGCUGAAGAUGAGUUCGAUAGAGUCAAGCGGCGCAUCGAGGAGCUGCAGAGAGAACAGGAACUCAAGAGGCAGCAGAAAAAAGAGAAGAAAAAGAAAGCGGCAGCUGCUGGUGCUGUGGGAUCAGCAUCAGCACCCGCAGCAGACGGUUUCGCGGUGAAUGCAGAUGCCGCAGCGCUUGCGGCAAUGGGUCUGCCCGUCUCCUUUACCGGGUGCUGA